ACGACACACCGAAGCCAAUAUAUUUCCGUUUUUCUUCCAGACAUGUUUUGCCCUCUUUUUUGCUACCCGUCCUGUCUUUGUACAGUGAAUUUAUGAUUUUAAAGGAAAAAGAAAAAAGGGUGACUGUAUCGCAACAUCUGGACGAUGAAAAAAGCACAGAGGAAGACGAAAAAGCUGAGGAGUAAAGAGAAGCAGAAGAAGAAGCCUUCUGUCUGUUCUUAUGCACCAAGAACUCAAGCCUCUGAAACAACACCUAUCUGUUCUGGGACACAGCUUUAUAUUCCAAUGUUCACAUGCUGGAUAGUGGGAUUUGUUGCAGCUGUAAUAUUUUGCCGGUACUUUGGACAAAGCUGCAAAGAUCAACCAAUUUAUUACCUUGAUCAACCAACUUAUAAAAACUGCACUCCCACUCCCACCAACACCACAGCCCCUGAGCCAGAAAAACCCAUCCUGCUAGUGUGGGAAUGGCCUGAAACCAUCGACUUUAAAUUUGACCCCAUUGAGUGUAAAAACAGGUUCAACAUUGAUUCGUGCCACCUGACAGAUGACAGAAGUCUCUACAACCAGUCAGAUGCUGUUCUCUUGCCCCACAAAUCUAUUAAAAAGGAUCUGUCCAAUCUUCCCAAAGAUCCUCGUCCACGUUUUCAAAAAUGGAUUUGGUUCAACCUUGAAUCACCAACCAACACUAGACAAAAGGCAGGUUUGGAAAACAUCUUCAACCUCACCCUCACUUACAGACGGGAUUCGGACAUCUCCGUGAGGUACGACGUGGACGUCAGCAAAACCCCACACGAGAACUUUGUGAUUCCAAAGAAAGACAAGCUCGUCUGCUGGUUUGUGUCCAACAUGGACCCUGGUACUGGAACAGGAACCAGGAUGAAGUUCUAUGAAGAGCUCAGUAAAUAUAUAAAAGUGAAUGUUUAUGUAAACAUGUCUGGAUCACGCCUGAAAGAUGAAGAUUACUACCCUACCAUGGAAAGCUGUAAGUUCUACCUGUCGUUUGAGAAUUCUAUCCACAAGGACUACAUCACUGAGAAGUUAAAUGGCCCAUUUGCAGCAGGGACUGUGCCUAUUGUGUUGGGACCUCCAAGAGAAAACUAUGAACAAUUCGCUCCAGGUGAUGCGUUCAUUCAUGGAGAUGACUUCCCUAAUACAUCAGCAAUGACUGAACAUAUCCUUAAACUGGACAAGGACGAUGAGGCUUACAGAAAGUACUUUGACUGGAGAAAAUACAUGUCUGUGAUCCCCCAUUACAAAGUUUGGAAUGAAGAGUUUAUCCUGCCGAUUUGUCGUGCCUGUGAUUAUAUUGCAAGGCACAAAGAUUAUAGAGAGACACAUGAACUCUUCAAAUGGUUUUUUUCAUAAUUAAUAAGCUUACCUCUUUAGUUUAUUCAGCAUUUCUCAGGGAAAAGUUUUUGGUGGGAAUACACGUGUGUGUUAAACUUGUGGUGAUAUUUUAUUUUAUUUUUUUUAGUUUUGGAUCAUCUGCAAAGGACCACUCCAAAUAAACUGUAACUGAAGUGUCCUAAUCCUGUUUUUGUUUCAGCCACUAUAAUAGUUCUGCCUGUUUUGACCUGUAGCUGUUACCAUUGUCGUGUUACCAUUUUUGCACUUUGUUCAUUUUAUUCUUUGCAUUGUUACAUUUUUCCAUAUCUACUUGUCCUGCAUCACUCAGAUCCUUUACCCAUGUAUGUGUUUGUUGUCUCACAACAGUUCUGACAGCUAAUAAAGAACUUUUUUAAAUUAAA